AGUGGCUGUGCCAGGGUAUAUAAAGUCCGUGCUGUUGCCCCCGGAUUUAUCAUUACACAAGAUCAGGCAUAAUGCAAGGGCUUACUCUUGUCGUCCUCGCUGUUGUUGCAGUGGUCGUUGUGCUUCCAUCUGCAUCGUCGCAAAAGAUUUCGUAUUCGUGUGGAACAAAGGCAAUUCGCUACACAGUCGCCUGUGGGUGGCUCUGGCAGAGUCGCUGCGCGAAAUACAGGUCCACUACGCGAGUAUGUUAUAAGAUGCGGGCAGUGAACGGUGGAUGGUCAAGCUAUGGCUCAUGGUCAGCAUACGGUACGUGCACAAGAACAUGUGGAGGCGGUACCAAGUUGAGAUUUCGCACACGCACGUGCACCAAUCCGAGUCCUGCUUAUGGUGGAGCCAUAUGUACUGGCUCAGGACGCGCUUCCCAGAGUAUCUGGUGUAACACACAGAGAUGUCCAGUGAACGGCGGAUGGUCAAGCUAUGGCUCAUGGUCAGCAUACGGUACGUGCAUAAGAACAUGUGGAGUCGGUUACAAGUCGAGAUUUCGCACACGCACGUGCACCAAUCCGAGUCCUGCUUAUGGUGGAGCCAUAUGUACUGGCUCAGGACGCGUUUCCCAGAGUAUCUGGUGUAACACACAGAGAUGUCCAGUGAACGGUGGAUGGUCAAGCUAUGGCUCAUGGUCAGCAUACGGUACGUGCACAAGAAUAUGUGGAGUCGGUACCAAGUCGAGAUUUCGCACACGCACGUGCACCAAUCCGAGUCCUGCUUAUGGUGGAGCCAUAUGUACUGGCUCAGGACGCGCUUCCCAGAGUAUCUGGUGUAACACACAGAGAUGUCCAGUGAACGGUGGAUGGUCAAGCUAUGGCUCAUGGUCAGCAUACGGUACGUGCACAAGAACAUGUGGAGGAGGAACCAUGUCGAGAUUUCGCGCACACGCACGUGCCACCAGUCCGAGUCCUGCUUAUGGUGGAGCCAUGUGUUUUGGCUCAGGACGCGCUACCCAGUCCACCAGUUGUAACACACAAAGUUGUGCAGGUAACUUCAGUUAA